AUGGAGAGACAGUUCCUUGUGGGAGAGAUAGAGUAUCGUAUCAUAGAUCCAGGCCGACUGCUGAACGAUGAACGCCUACAGAUAGUCUCAACUCAGAUCCUGUCGAUUUUGGAACCGCCGUUAACCAACACGUUGACAUUUCAUAUUCUUAUUACUGAGGAGGCACCCAUCAAAACCCAAGUGCAACAUACCAUACAUAUAAAACCAUCAUUUGUGGGCCAUUUUGUAACUGCAUCUCACUCGGAUCACGACGAAACACUUGGGAUUUUGACCUACGAUGUUGUGUCUUCUCUAGCCUCACAAUCCUUGGUCGGUGCAUCUGGAGAUAUUAUAAAUGCUAUAUCAGAGUACACUAGAUUCAAGACUGAUCUCGCACCACCACAUUGGGCUAAUGGGACAGGAGAUUGGAAGAAUGGUGGGAUAGACGCUGCGAGAUUAAUCGAGUUUCUCAUACGACAACAGCCUAAUUUAUUGUCUGAAUGGCUUAAGAAUGGACGUGUGGGUAUGUCUGAUGAAGAUCUGAAUCAAGCAUGGGAGCUUCUGGCAUUGUCGACGCCAAUCGAAACACGUGGUCGUGAUGAGGUGCCGGAUGGAGGAGAGUGGAAACAGAUUCAGAUAGCAUAUAUUCUAGGCGCACUUGAAGGGAGUGAGCUCAUUACUCGUCUCUUGCCGGAUCCACAGAGAACGUUAGGGGAACUGGUCAUGUUGACUUUACAGACAUUGUAUAAGGGAUCGAAUCGAGUUCCGGAUCGUGUUUUCACAACUAUCUCGUUUGUAUUCAAGGACAUGCCAGGAGUUGCUCAUACGAUUGGGACUGAAAUCAGCUUCUCCAUUCCAUACUUUUUGCAAUACUUCAAGUCUCAUACCGAACAGGAGACACUACUUGAACUGAAGGGUGUUGUUGUUCAUGAAACAACCCACGUCAUCCAGCACUCGACACCCACGACGCCGUGGCAUAUCAUUGAAGGAAUGGCGGACUACACGAGAAUUGCUACCGGUUUCAUUGCUCCCCAUUGGUCAAAUAGUAAGGGUGGAAAGUGGACUGACGGAUACUCGACUACAGGUUACUUUUUGGUCUGGAUGAACUUACGAAACCCAGGCUGUGUACGGGAACUCAAUUGGAAGUGUAGGAAUGGAUGGACUGACGGGUUUGUAAGGGAAUUGUGUGGAUCACUGGUGGACAUGUUGUGGCAAGAGUAUCAAGCCACUUUGCCUGAUGGUUCAAGUGCACCUAAACCUGUUCCAACGCAUGUUGCUGGAAUUUAA